UGAUGUGUUCCCCAACCAGAAUAAGGAGCUUCAUUUCCGGGAUAAACAAGGACAUGUGUUGAGUAACUAGCCUUGGGAAUGUCGCUUUCUGUCUCUGUCCUUUAACGCCGUUAUGUCUGUCACAGUUUUUGGAAUACAGGACAGCUGUUAAAAGUGUAUUUAAACAUUCACUGGUAGGAACUGUUAGUUUGCGGUACUUGACUUCAUGGCGGCUUCUGCUCAUGUCUCCAAAGUCCGGUCAUUGUACAAGAGGAUUCUGGUCCUGCAUCGGUUCCUGCCCAUAGAUUUAAGAGCCCUCGGGGACCAGUAUGUGAAAGACGAGUUCAGAAGAAACAAAGUGGCGUCGUCCGAAGAGGUGAAGAGCUUCAUGACCGAGUGGGAGAAAUACAAGGACACCCUGCAGACUCAGGUACUGCAGUCAGCGGGGAAGCCUCUCAGCUCAGUCAAGUUUGGGGCCGACCUGUCGGAGGGGAAACUCAGCAACUUCCAGGACGACCAGAUAGGCCAACUGUACGAACUCAUGCUGGAAUCCACCAAAUCCAGCAGACAGUUUGACAUCCAGGAGGACAGCAAGUGAUGCAGCGGGACACGGAACUUUACCCGGACAAACAUAAAACCAAAUAUUACCUCUUGAGUGCUUAACCCUUGUGUUGUCUUCCCGUCCACCGGGCAACCUGUUGUUCUUCUGGGUAAAAAUUCUAAUGAAAAUUAAUCCUUUUACGCUCCUCAUGUGAAGGACAACGCUCCGCGAUUAAACGGCAGGUGAUCAAUGUGUGGUAACCAUGGAGAUUCUGUGCACUACUGUAUCUCUGCCUUACAACUGAAUGAGAUUAGUUGACUGUGGAAUCAUAUAUCUCUAAUCACAGGCAGCUUUAUAACAAAUAGUGGCACUCCUAGUCUUUCCUAACCACGGACUGUUAUUGUUGAUAGCUAAAGUUAGCAAAAUUAGCAUAGUCAUAAUUAUGGAUGUUACCUGAUAAAUCCAGUCUUGUGCCGAUGCUCUGACAAGCAGAAGCCCCGCUGUCUAUGUCCCGAUAACUGUUUAGAAAACAGUUUGAUAUUUUAGUGAACUCCCAAACAGCAACAAUUAGUCUCUUGUUCAUUGAUUUGGACCGCGCGCCGCUCGUGUAGGGAAAAGUUGAACACAGUUCAACUCAGCGGGCGGGGGUGUGCGUUGGAUCAGCAUGUCGCUACACGAUCCGUUCUGCACAUGCGCAAGAUAUUACAGUUUACGACCCGCAAGAUCUGUUCCACGCUAGCCUAUGGCUAGCCUCCACCGGGAAGCUAACGUUAGUUUAGCUAA